ACCACGCAAAGUUCCAUUCAAAAAGUAACUAUCCCCCAUUCGGCUUUGAAGUUUGCACCAUUUAAAAUUUUAAAGAAUCUUGGACCCUUUUCUUUUGGCUUGAUCCACGGGAUAUCAGCUUUUAAACCACCCCCCUCCCUCUCUUCCACAUAUUUAUAGAGAAAACAGAAGGACGAAGAAAAAACAACCACCACCAAUCCAUUAUUAUGCCUAAGAUGCGUUGCUCUUUGUGCAUAACAACACUUUUUUUACUGUAUUUUGAACUUGCUGUUACAAGACUUGAACAAGUACCACCCCCACCACUGCCAAUUCUUCCACUUCCAUCAUUUUCCCAGUUGAAAUGGCAGCAAAGGGAGCUCAUAAUGUUCCUGCACUUCGGAGUUAACACGUUCACUGACUCUGAAUGGGGCACGGGGCACGAAAGCCCUGCUAUUUUCAACCCCGUCGGACUCGACGCAAAUCAAUGGGUAAACACGGCUGUGGAUGCAGGAAUCUCUCUUGUAAUCCUCACUGCAAAACACCAUGACGGCUUUUGCCUUUGGCCUUCCAAGUACACUGAUCAUUCUGUCAUCAGAAGUCCUUGGAAAAAUGGGAAUGGAGACGUCGUUCAGGAGCUUGUCGACGCGGCAAAAGCCCGUGGAAUUGAUGUGGGGCUCUACCUCUCGCCUUGGGAUCGACAUGAUCCAAGAUACGGGCAUGAUUUACCCUACAAUGAAUACUACUUGGCCCAACUCCAAGAGCUUCUCAAAAGGUAUGGUGGUGUGAGAGAAAUUUGGUUCGAUGGAGCAAAGGGUUCUAACGAGACAAACAUGACAUAUUACUUCACGGAUUGGUUCUCCAUGGUUAGAGAGUUGCAGAGUUCCAUUAACAUAUUCUCCGACGCCGGUCCGGACGUCAGGUGGGUCGGAGAUGAGAAGGGGUCUGCCGGGAGCACGUGCUGGUCCACCGUUAAUCGGACCUCGCUAUCAAUCGGGAAUGCAAGCAUUGUUGACUAUCUUAACACUGGUGAUCCGAAAGGCACAGACUGGGUGCCACCGGAAUGUGACGUUUCGAUCCGCCAGGGAUGGUUUUGGCACAAAUCAGAGUCACCAAAGAAGCUAAGCCAACUACUGCAGAUUUACUAUGCAUCAGUAGGAAGAAACUGUCUUCUACUGCUAAACGUGCCCCCUAAUUCAACUGGUCUUAUAUCCGAAAAGGAUGUUCACAGAUUAAGAGAAUUUAGAAAAGCAAUUGACACCAUUUUUUCUACCAAUUUGGCUAAGGAAUGCUUGGUAAAAGCUAGUAGCCAAAGAGGUGGAAAAGAGGGAGGUUUUGGACCUGAAAAUGUGCUGGAUGAUGACCAUUUAUGGACAUAUUGGGCGCCUAGGGAGGAUAAUCAUGGUGAAGGGGACCAUUGGAUUGAAGUUAGAGCAGGAGAUGAAGGGCUGAGAUUUAAUGUGAUCAGGAUUCAAGAAGCAAUAGGGCUUGGCCAGAGAAUAAAAAAACAUGACAUUUAUUUGGAUGGGAAGAUGGUGGCUAGAGGGACCACAGUAGGGUACAAGAGGCUUCACAGGCUUGAAGGAGGAGUUGUUCAUGGGAGGGAUGUGAGGAUAAGGAUUAGGGAAUCAAAGGGAGUGCCUUUGAUCUCUUCUAUAGGUCUGCAUUUUGAUCCCUUUUGGCACCCAAAAAGGCAGGGCCCUAAAUGAAAAAGGUGUACAUAAAAGCACCCCAAAAAAGAAUAAUAAGGUAUCCCAGCCCUACUUUCUUCAAGGCCA